UUUUUGUUUAUCACGUGGUUCUCGCAAGUCGUCUGAUCACAAGACUGACAAUGCACGAAAAUUUGAAUCAUAAACUUCUCUGAGAGCACAGAACUUCGAAGGAUCUCAUCGGAGAGGAAUUUUGAUGUAAAGGUAAUGAUGCGUAGAAGCUAGAACAGAGGAAGCAAUUUAACAUGGAUUCAAAUAUCCAGGAUAAAACACCCCUGGAUCCAGAUUUAGUGUUUGGGAAAGCUAAACCAGCGGUAUGUCGAACUGUGAUGUUUGUGGUGCUGAUUACCUCUACAAUAGGAGCUGUCACUGCUGUGCUUAUAUACUUUUUGGCAGCUAAUCAACAUAGCCACAGCAGCAAUGGACCAACUCCUGUGAUAAAUCCAGUUUGCAGUGAUAAAUGUGUAUUGUCAUUGGUGGAGAGUAUACCAGUUGGACUGACCUAUGAACCUGGUUCACCAUCUCAUCCCUCUACCUUCUCAGGGUUGAUGAGUCUGAUGAAAGCUGCUAAAAAAAGUAUUGAAAUUGCUUCUUUUUACUGGACCAUGAAUGGAUCAGACAUUUCUUUCCAUGACAACUCCUCAUUGGAGGGAGAAACAGUUUUAAAUACUUUAGCAAAUGCAGGCCAUGACAGAAAAAUUCCAAUCAGAAUCGUUCAAAAUCAACCAAAGGGGCCCAACAAGAAUACUGAAUAUCUAGCAAAAUAUGCUGGUGCAGAGGUGAGGACUCUGAACUUUAAGCAGUGGUUUGGAUCUGGAAUUAUCCAUACUAAGAUGUGGCUAAUUGACAGGGAGCAUUUCUAUGUUGGCAGUGCUAACCUGGACUGGAGAUCAUUGACACAGGUGAAGGAAUUAGGAGCUGUCGUGUACAACUGUAGCUGUUUGGCAUCAGACAUGAGCAAGAUAUUUGAUGUGUACUGGUACUUAGGAGCUCCCAAUUCUACCAUUCCCAGUACUUGGCCAGCAAGUUUAGACACUUCUAUCAACAACAAAACAACUCUGCAGAUUAAAUUCAAUGACUCGGAGGCAGCCACUUACUUAUCGAGUUCUCCAGCCCCGCUGUGCCCAUUAGGAAGAACUUCCGAUAUAGAUGCCAUUGUAAGUGUUAUUGACAGUGCUGAGAAAUUUGUUUACGUGGCUGUCAUGGAUUACUUCCCAACAACUCAGUUCCCGAAACAUGGAGAAGCUAGGCGAUACUGGCCUGUGAUUGAUGAUGCAUUGAGAAGAGCAGCUUUUGAUCGUUCCGUUAAUGUGUCCCUCCUAAUCAGCUACUGGAAUCAUACAUGGAAAGAUAUGCCGAAAUACCUCAAGUCACUGGCAGAAAUGAAGAGCUAUUAUUACCCUAAGAUUGAUAUUAAUGUGAAAAUCUUCGAAGUGCCUGCUUUUACUGAGGAUCAAAGGAAGAUUCCCUUUGCUCGUGUUAAUCAUAAUAAGUACAUGGUGACAGAUAAAACAGCCUAUAUAGGUACGUCCAACUGGUCGGGUGACUACUUCAUUGACACUGGUGGGGUAGGAUUGAUUGUCAAUCAGAACAAAACCCAGUCAGACGUCAGGCAGCAGCUGGAGGACAUUUUCCUGAGGGACUGGUAUUCUAACUACUCCACCAAUGUAUGGGACUUCAACUUCACCAAACCCCACCAGUUUGACUAUGCUCAUAAUGAACUAUGAUUUUACUCAACAAGCAAUUCACUUUUGUCCUAACUCCUACUCAUGCAUUGUUUUACAACUUGUAACCCCAUCAAAAUUUAGUGCUAUCAUCUAAUGUGAUAAAGUGCAAUGCUGUAGAAUCAAUUGUUAUAAUUAUUCAGGUUAAGGAAUUAAAAUAAGUAUUUACACAUGAUCUGAGCUUAUGAAAUUUGAAUAAUGGUAGUGGAAUUUUCAUGUAUUAGCAAACUUUUAUAGUUUAAAUUUUUACAAAGAUUUCGCACCAACAAAAUAUGAUGAAUCCACAGCUUAAUUUUCAGUUUUACUUUGAGUUAGUUACAUGUAGACAUCUCAUUUAUGUCAUAUAUCUGUUUUUUAAUUCAAGAUCAUCAAUGUUGAUGUGAAGGUUUAGGGUGUCUGCUUCAAAUACAUUUUACAUAUACAUGUAUAUCAUAUUAAUUCAAAAGUUAUGGACAGUAUUUCAUAUCUGAUGAACUUGCAUGUAUUGAGGAGCCUUCUGUGUACACAUAUACAAAUUUUACAUUACGUAUGGACUUAUGCUAUCUAUACACAUGUAUUUUAUGUUCAUUUCCAUGUGUUGUUCAUAAAGGCUAACUCUAUUUUAUCUGUCUCUGCAUAUUUAAGUAUCCCAAAAAACAUUACUGUUUGAUGAGAAUUGAUUGAUUUAUGACACAGUCAGUGUGUGUACAUGUGUGUGUGUGUGAACCAAACAGGCAUUCAGUUUAAUUUAAUUUAUUUGAUUUUGCUAUUCUAAAACAAAAUGUUGCAGAUUUGAAAACUUGUUGAAUUAUAUUGUUGAAUGUCAAGUAGUCUUCCAGCUGAUCUGUAUAUAUGUAUAUAGCUGGACCUAGCAGUCAACACAUUCCAUAUUUGUUCACGUUAGUGAUGGGGCAUCGGUUCACUUUCAUAAUCGAUCAUCGGUUAGAAUCGGUUGCUGCUUCCGAUGCGAUUUUCCGAUUAUAAUCGGAUGUUACAUUUUUACUAUAUAAAGCAUAAUCUUGCAGGGUUUUUUUUUUAAAAAAAAUCUUCAAUUAUAUAUCAAUUAGCUAAUAUCAAUAACUCAAUAUGAUGUUUUCUAUGUUGUCUUGAUGCUUUUGCACUUUCUAUAUAAGCACUUUAUAGUUCAUAAUCACCUUAGCUUUGUGCUGGUUGGAUAGUUGGAUAUAUAACUAGCUCAUAAUUAUGAUGGAUGCCAUUGGAAGGUGAGAUGCAUAUCCAUAUUGAAUCUUACACGGAGAUCAGAGACGGAAAUUUAACUAUAUAUUAUUCAAAAUUAAAACAUAAAAAAGUACUAGUGCAGAUUUGUUUUUUAUUCAAUACAAAGCAUUACAUUUCUUAAACAAAUAGUUAACAGCUCUUUCUAGGAGAGAAAUAGCAAGAUAAACUAAACACCAGUAUGAUGUAAAACUCAGCAUUUUAAUCUAACUCAUAAUACCAUUCAAUCUCUCACCAAAAUUUACUCAUGUUUUUGCUCAAAAAAAUAAACAAAUUUACAUUAUCUGCACUCAGCCUACUUCUCUUUUUUGACAUCAACCCACCAGCAAGAGAAAAUACUCUCUCUAAUUCCGGAAUGCGCUCUAUGAGAUGUGUGGAUCCGAUGAUCGAUUAUGAAAAAAAAUAAUCGAUCAUCGGAAUCGGUAGCUUUUUUUCGUCGUUAAUCGAUGUUUUCUGAUUAUCAGUACAACACUAGUUCACGUACAGCAUGUAGGACACCAUUAUGUUUCAUAAACAUUGAUUGUUUUCCUGAGAAUGAUGAUGAAUUGUAGACAGUUGUAUUUUCUAAGAGAUUAUUUUGUCAUAUAUUUCAUGCAUUAUGAUAAACAAAGUGCCAAAAUUCAUUUAUUAUAUAUUUGGAAGUUUGCAUUGCAUUAAUUUGUGUUUGUAACAGCUAAAAAUUUAGUAAGAACUGAUGUAUGAGUAGUUGUCCAUCUGAUUUUCUUGAUGUGUGUUCAACUUCUAAACAAUGAAAAUUUUAUAGAAGACAUUCUUUAUAGAGAAAACUAAUAUUUGCAGUACAUGAAGAGUUUAUUCUGGGCAUCGUCAAUGAUCCCAAACAUUCUCUAUUGUAUCUAGUUUCUGUUACAAAGCUUUGACCCAAAUAAGAAAUGUAUACUUUUCCUCUGAGUGACCUUGAGAUUGUCUAUUUGAGCAUGGAGUAAGAUCAUUACACCCUCAGGUUAAACUUCUUGUGACAUAUGAGUGCUGUUUUUAAUCAUGUGCUUGUUAGAACUUCAAUUAACUUUAACCUGUUUUAAAUGACCUUGAGUGAGGAAUUUUGAAGUUUGAGUAUCCAAAUGUGACUGAAAGUAUGAGGUAUGUAAUAUAGAGGGGGAAAUGCUGAAAUAAGCAGAGCAGUUUGAUAUAUGCAGAUACAAUUACCAAGGCAUUGUAUACAUGUAAAUGUAUUAUUAAAACGUUGGAUUUAUAAUGUACGUGUAUAUAUUUUCAAAGCUUUGUAUUUUCAAAGUGCUGUAUGCCAAUAUUACUUUCUCUGCAGUUUGGAUUUUUAUUGAUUUGACAUAAAGAAAUGAACAAAUCGAA